AUGACCCUAUACUCCAAGGAUGGCGAGACGGCAACACAAGUCAACUUCCCUGGAUUAAAGGAGACCCGGGAAAAAGGAAAAACCAUGCUGAUGAUUGCCCUUGUCCGCGGAUUGGUGAAGGGUUCACCUCAAAAUCCUCGUACCGUUGCAUGUUUCUUUUGUCAAAAUACUGAUCCAAGGCGCAACACAGCCGCUUCCAUUUUACGUGGUCUGAUCUGGAUGCUUGCUAUGGGAAGCGCUCAGCUGGCCAGCAUAUUCCACGCCAUGUACCAGUCCAAAUCAAAUCAGCUCAAUGGUCCAAACGCCAUAUACGCUCUGUUCUCGACGCUGUCAGCAAUGCUAGCGGAUUGUUCUAGAGCAUUCAUUCUUAUUGACGCAUUGAACGAAUGCAGUUCGGGAACGGAACGGGAGCAACUCCUUGAUCUCAUCGUGGCACAUGCGAAAUCCUCAAAGACUAAAUGGCUCCUAUCUAGUCGCCACGACGCCAACAUUAAGCAGAUCUUAAUGCACGAAGGUCAGAUGCUGAGUUUGGAAUUGAAUGAACGGCACAUCUCCAAAGCAGUCCGAGCUUUUAUUGAACAAAAAACUAGCGAGCUUGCCAAGAGAAAUUCAUACAGCUUAGAGCUCACGGAGAAGGUCAAGAAAGAGUUGAUCGCGAAGCCAGACUCGACUGUCCUUUGGGCAGCCUUGGCUUGUAAGAGGCUUCUUAAGGUCCCUCCGCGGAGAGCACUCUCUACGCUGCAGAGUAUACCCCCCGACCUACGAGACCUCUGUGCACAGAUGCUGGACCAAGUAUUUCAAAUUAAUGAUGAAGAGGACCGACACCAUUGUUUGAGGAUCCUUCGUUCGGUGUCGCUGACAUUUCGACCUUUAUCGAUGGAAGAGCUGAUCACCACAACAGGACUUCCGCUAGAGCUUCUGGACAGUGGCCUUUCGAAUCUAAUUGAGUUUUGCGGUUCCUUUAUUACCGUUCGUAAAGGCAUUAUUUACUUUGUUCAUCAAUCUGCGAGAGACUACCUGCUUAGUGACGGCGCUGAGGGGCUCUUUCCUACUGGUUUUCAAGAAGAGCAUGGCAUAAUCGUGGAUCGUUCAUUGGAUGCUAUGUCAAAGACUCUGAGAAAGGAUCUGUGCAUUCUCAGGUACGCUGGCGCAUCCCGACGUUCAGCUUCAAUCGACAAUCGCCUGAGAGCGAUUGGCUAUGUCCGCUCCUUUUGGGUCGCUCAUCUCAUGCAAUAUCUCGGCGAUAUUUCCAUCGAUGGCCCAAAAUAUCAAGAUUAUUUUUUAGAUCAAGGCCGAGUUCACAAAUUUCUACUGAAACAUCUCCAUUGGUUCGAGGCCCUCGGCCUUAUCGGCGAGAUCGAUAAAGGAAUUAUGGGACUGUACAGCUUGGAAAAGAAACUGGCUGAGUUGCCGUUCGAGAAUGUUCUCCACCAUAAAAGGUUCGUACACGACGCUAUGCGAGCCUUUCGUCAAUGCCGAGCAGCUGUUGAAAAGGCACCACUUCAGGUGUAUUACUCUGCUUUAAUAUUCUCUCCAGAAAAAAGCCUUGUUCGACAAACUUUUAAGCAGGAAUUAGGCCAAUGGGUUUCUUCAUUCCCGAGACUAUCAGAUAACUGGGGUCCCUGCCUACAGACGCUCGAGAGCCAUGGCGGUGAGAUCAUUUCGGUGGCGUUCUCUCCCGACGGACAGCUGCUGGCCUCGAGCUCUGAUGACGGUAGCGUAUGGCUCUGGGAUGCAUGGACAGGGAAGUGCCUCCAAAAGCUCGAGGGCCACAGAGGCUCUGUAAAUUCAGUGACAUUCCUAACGGGCAGCACCUGGCCUCGGGCUCUCAUGACGGGGGUGUGUCUCCUGACGCUGGAUGGCCAUAGAGACUGGGUUAGUUCAGUGACGUUCUCUCCCGACGGGCAGCAACUGGCCUCGGGCUCUCACGGCCCGCACCGUGCGGCUCUGGGAUGCCAUGACGGGGGUGUGCCUCCAGACGCUCGAGGGCCAUGGAGGCCCAGUCUCUUUUAG